GAGCUCAACGGCAUCCGUCCUUUUCCUCGUUCUUCCCCCUUCGACCAUUAGACCAUGUCGGCACGUUUUCUGUCAAGAACGCGCACGCGUUUCCCAGCGCAAUGCCUCAGACAACAUAAAAUGAACUCAUUCCUCGCUUCCACGCGCUCAACGCCCUGCGCUUCCUUUGUCACGUUUCGCUCUCCUUUGCAUUCCCCUACAGAAAAGCUCUAUGAGGGCCAUAUCCCUAUCUCUCCAUUCCAGCGGGCGCUCCUCGCUGUUGGGUCUGCGUUUACAGCCCUUUACAACCCUCUGCGCGGAGAUAUGGUUGCCGCAUUGGGUGAAACCACAGGAGGUAUUUUUCUGAGCAGGAUUAGAGACCAAAUGCUGCUGGACCCAGAAGGUCGUCGUAUCCUGAGAGAACGACCCAAAAUCACAUCAGAGACUAUGCAGCUUGACAUGCUGCGCCAAUUACCCGAUGGUGCAUUUGGACGAGAGUAUGUUCGCUUCCUGGAUGAUCAGCAAGUUUCACCCGACACUCGCGAACCUGUUCAUUUCGUGGAUUCCGAGGAGUUGGCGUACGUGAUGCAGCGAUACCGCGAGACGCAUGACUUUUAUCAUACAUUGACAGGACUUCCGGUCACGGUCGAUGGUGAGAUUGCACUCAAGUGGUUCGAAAUGGUCCAAACUGGUCUGCCAAUGACCAUGCUGUCGUCAUUCUUUGGCCCAUUGAGGCUAAAUAGUGCAGAGCGGGAGCGGCUCUUCAAUGUAUAUGUUCCCUGGGCGCUUGAGAACGGAAGCAACUCCAAGCUCCUGAUGAAUGUUCGUUGGGAAGAAUGGAUGGAAAAGCCCGUCAAAGAGGUCCAGCGGGAGUUGGGCGUUCAACCAUGUCCUCAAGCAUAAGUUGCAUUAAGACGCGCAUCUUUAUUUCCCGUUCAAUAUAUAUUUCGAAGUACGAUCCACGUUAGAACACUUCAUCACCCUGCUUCAUUUCCGUCAAACUUAACAUCUCCAACUGUCCCUUGCCCUUUGUUUCUGAUUGCAGUAACUCGUUGAUGGGUCUGAACUGUCCAGGAUCGAUCAAACAUGUC